AAACAUAGCUCGACGACGACAUAAUUUUUUCUUUGAGGAAAAAAGUGGGACGCUUGAGUUGGAGGCCCCGCAUCGGAUCCUGUGGGCUCUCAUGGAGGAAAAGCAAGCACCGACCAGGGAUUAAACGCACGCCACGGCGCACCGCUCUCACGAGGCAUAGACCAUCAUUCAGUGAAUUUUUGUAUGAUAAAUCACGAAGAAGAGACAAAAUGAAGCAUUUUUUAAGGACACUUACGCAGUUUUUUAUGUUCCUGUACUGCAAAUUUCUGUGGAGGACGUUGAAGUUCGUGACCCGAAAGGUCACGGGACGGUGUGAGAUGCAGCGCAUCUGUUACAACAACAAACCGGGCGCCCACCGGACCUUGAAGAUAGAAUCAUCUCUCAAGUUCUCCAAGAGUGGGCUCCUGCAGUCUGCCGUCAAUGUCCAUGCAGACUCUGUUGAGAAGACCAUAGAUGACAUUAUGGCCUUAAAAAUGAUCAACCCUGACACAAACCCACAGCUGGCCGUCUCUCUUCAGGCCAGCCUCUACCAGAUUGUGGGCUACAGGAGCCUAGUGGUUGAGGUGGAGAAGCUGCGAAGAGACCCAUACGACUGUGAGAACCCUGAUCAUGAGGAAAUGCUGCUGAAGUUGUGGAGGGCACUUCGUCCCGAAUCUCCUCUGAGUGGACGCAUCUCCAAGCAGUGGUGUGAAGUCGGUUUCCAAGGCAGUGACCCCAAGACUGACUUCAGGGGAAUGGGGAUCCUGGGCCUGCACACUCUUCUGUACUUCGCUGAACAUGACAAGGCCAGUGCACUGCAGGUCCUCCAUGACUCACUGCAGCCCAGGUCCAGCCAGAUGAGCCAAGCAGAGUCGGAGAGGAAGAAGUCCGAUAAGGCCAUUGGGUACUCCUUUGCCAUUGUGGGCAUCAACAUCACCGAGCUGGCCUACUCCCUCCUGGUGAGUGGUGCCCUGAAGACACACCUCUACAAUGUGGCACCAGAGAUGCCGAGUCUGGUUCAUUUUCAACAGACUUUUUGUUACCUCAUGCAGGAGUUUCACAGGUUCUGGAUUGAGGAGGACCCCUGUGACAUCAUGGAAUUCAAUCGCGUGCGCAAGAGGUUCCACAAGCGGGUGCAGAGACAGCUGAGGAACCCUGACAUGGCCCUGUGUCCCCACUUUGCUGCCUCUGACCUACACCUGGUUAACCUAUAGUCAGCACACAGCCUCAAGCCUUCGGCUUACCUCUCCAACACCCCGCCCACCGCUCUCCUCUUUGAGCGACAUCACGCUACUGCUAGCCUCUCACUUAGCCUCUGCCCUCUGACGCUGCCCUUAGAAAAUCAUCAUGACCAAUGACCGUGACAAUUGUACACCACAGUGCUGCCUCAAAUUAUUAUUAUUAUUAUUAUUCAGGAUUCUUUGACCACUGAGAUUUCAUAAAAAGAGAAAUAAUGUCUAAGAUUUACAUAUCCUGGAAUAUUAUGUUAUGUUGAUUCAGUACAGAACUAUUGGCAGACAGCAGUAAAUAUUGAAUCAAUCAAAAGCAAACAUUAACGUCGGGUAAAAUGACAGCUCUUAAUAUGGCUGAAAUUGAGGCCGUUUUCCAUCUGAGGGAAAAAGGGUGAUUAUACAAGAGAAAUCGUCACAACAGAGUAGGCAGUUUAUCAUACAAAUAGGCAGAGAAGGGUGCAUGUAUGCAAAACAGAAAGUUAUACUUCUUUAUGUGAGCGAGCAGGGAUGCUGGAAGCAUCAGAAGAUCAAGAUCAAGCGAAGAUGAAGAACGUAGGUUCCCAAUCCACUAACAUCAGGCACAUAGCAUACUGUCAUGUCUAAGCCAAUCACAUAUUUGCGACCAGCUACUGAGCCAAUAGCGUCGUCUGAAGUCUGCGCGAAUAACAUCAUCCGUUCUGUACUAAAUAGAUGAAAGGACGCUGUAACGUGCAUUUCAAAAUGACGCUGUGUCUGCCAAAAAAUAUUCUGAAGUCAAGAAAGUACCAGCGCUGAAUGAGUCCUUCGCGAAUGUUUGUUUAAUACAUCUCUAAUUUUGUUUGCAGCAACGCAUUGCUGAAAAUGAUUGUGACGACUCUUCCGGUUUAUUGGCCAAAAUAAUAACUCAAAGUCUGGUUGACACGUUAAUUCUGAAUUCAGCACCUCGAUAUUGUGAUACGCUGCUUUCCUUAUUUCUCAUCCUCAGAACCCUGUACGAGGUUUAGUACAUCACAGUACACUGCAUUACCAGGAUUUCCGAGGCAUUCUCUUAAGACAUUGCAUACUUUAUUUCUUUGAAAUCGUUUAUUUCAUUUGCGACCUGCCGUUCACUAUGUAAUAUAAAGUGAGCAUGUUUUGCAGAUUUUAUCCUUUAGGUGUCUGUGUGAAGUCUCAUAGUCGUGGAGGUGAAAUACCGUCCACCGAAAUGCUGAUGGAAUUGCAUGAAGUAUUUUACCUGUUUUAACUUUGAUUUAGAAACACCACACAGGUGGAUCAGGGGCCUGGAUCACGAAGCUGGGUAUCUCGCAUAGAUGGAUUACUUGUCGGAUUUAAGGUAGUCCAGGCUAAAUUUCAGUGAAUGAAGACAAAGAAUAUUUAAACCAGAGUUCCUUAAAUCAGACACGCUAUCCAAGUAAGCAAGAAAUCUUGCCUCGUGAUACACCGGCCCCUAAUAAGGAAUAUUUUGCAGCUUUUUGCAGCUUGCUUACGAGAGGCGUUUAUGUCUAAGCUCCUUAGCUGUAAAAUGUGACGAUAUUUGGUUAUUCUCAUUAGUCCCUUGUUGAAACACAUGGUGAUCGUUUUACUGUUAGGGCAAAAACGCUCUUUAAGUAACGUAGCACUAAAGUAGGUGAUGUUAAAAUAAUACGCUAAAACAGUGUUGAAGGUGAGUGAAUGAUGAGCCGAACACUGCAGGAUAUUUGGGAAAAUAAUUUGGAGUCACUUUCUGUAACUCAUGAGAAUUCUUGCUGUGACAAUGACAUACUUUUUUAUUUAUACGUAAAGCUCUGUUGAAUAAAAGUUGA